GAGAGGUGGCGGCGCUGAGGGGAGGGUGGGGGCAGCUUGGAGGGUGGAGUAAUUCAGAGAAUGCGAGACACUGCCCUCCCUCCCUCCCUCUCUCUUCACUCCUCCUCCUCCGAGUGGAAAUUCAUCCUUCAGGCUGGGUAGCGGACAUUUGUGAGGAGGACGUCGGGAGUGCGGGACGCGGAGACUCGGAGAUCCACGGCGGCGGUGGCAGCAGAACUUCUACCGCCGGGUUUGGUGCUCUGCGGCUUCUGAGCUCCGCGCACAGCGAUGUGAUUUCCGUCUUGUGCUUUUCCGGUGGCUCUCAGCUCUUCUCGGUUCCUCGGAUUUUUCCCGCUGCCGUGCCUCCCUCAGCUCCGGCGGUGUUCCACUCGGAGCUUUACGGACAUCCGCCUCUGCUUCGUGUGCAACUUUGGAGAUCUGACAUCGACACACGGCCCGGUUCGUCCGCUGCACUCCGGAGUGAACGGGAAGGAGGUAACCGGAGCUCCCCGUCGCCUCCUCCGCCACCAGCUCCGGUGUGACCGCGGCGGCAGCAGCGGAGAGGGAAGCGGGAUUAAUGUCGGGAGGACCCGGACCCGCAGCAGCGCUCACGAUCUCGAAGGUGCUCGGCACAAUGGGACUCGUAACCCUCUGAGGGGCGAGCACAAAAGACGGAGAGGAGCAGGAAUAAAGCCGAGUGAAGAAGAGGAGGAGGAACAGAAGAAAGAGAAGAUUCUUCCUUGGCGCUGGAGAGGGAGGGAGAUUUGUAAAGAGGGAUUUGCUCUAUCUGUCGGGGGUGCAUGCUCCCCCUGAGCCCCCCACCCUCCCACUCGGACAUCCUCCUUGUUAUUUUAUUUUCUGCAUCAGUGACGGUUCGACAAAAGGCGAAGAAUGCGCGAUAAACAAAGUUUGGGCCGGCUCGGGCUGAGCAACAGCCUCGACGUGAGACUACCCAGGACUAGAGUCGUGCUGCUGGGCGUGCUGCUCGCCGUGGCCGUGGCUGCGGCUGCGGAGCUGGACAUCGACGUGCUUGGCGGCAUGGUGUUGAUAGAAGCGGGCGGAGAAAGCGAGAGGUUUGACGGAGGCAGAGGCGAGCUCGAGGCCUCCAUGCACUCCUCGCUCUUGCAGGACUUCCAGGAAGUGACGGAGGGCGUCGCGGCGGCGGACAUUGGUGAAACGGCAGCAAAUCAGCAAAACGCGGCUACGCCCACAGCCUUCCCCGACUCCUCAGCGGUGGUGGGUCGGAUUUUCCGGAUGAAGGUGCCAAACAAGAUGGAGGAUGUCUACCUGGGUGAUAUCAUCAAGAUUACAGAGAUGGGUAAGGACUCGCUCCCAGAAUGGCUGCACUGGGAUGCCAGCAGCAGAAUCUUGCAAGGUCUACCUUUGGAAGAGGAUAAAGGUGUUCACUACAUCACCGUGUCCAUCUCCAACCACACUAAAUCCUCGUCUUCUUCAGAGGUGUUUUCCAUCGCAGUGCACCCUGAAGAUUACCUGGAUUCAGAUUCAGCUCAGCUGACGUCUAACCAGGCGUCCACUGAAAAUGACAUCCAACAGUUCAUGUGUGGGAACGAGGAACCGGUCACAGUGCUGACGGUGAUCCUGGAUGCUGAUUUGACAAAGAUGAGCUCAGAGCAGAGGGUAGAGCUCCUGGAUAACAUGAGGAGCUUCUCUGGUGUUGGGCUUCAGUACAUGAAGAUGCUCCCUGUGGUCAACAAUAGGCUGUUUGACAUGUCUGCAUUUAUGGCUGGACCUGGGAAUGCCAAAAAGGUGGUGGAGAACGGCGCUCUGUUGUCCUGGAAGCUCGGCUGCUCGCUGGACCAGAGCACAGUCCCAGAUAUCAACAGCGUCCAGGGUCCUGCAAAGGAAGGCACAAUGUCAGCCAAGCUGGGUUACCCUGUGGUGGGCUGGCACAUCGCUAACAAGAAACCUCAUGUCCCCAAACGAGUGAGACGACAACUAAACAACACUCCGACGCCUAUUCUGGUUGUGCCUCCUCCAACAACUGCAGUGGAGCCACCAGUGCGAAUUAUCCCAACCCUCUCCUCUCCCUCUAUUGCUGCACCGACCGAAAGCUCUGCCCCUCCCGUGAGAGGUCCCGUCCCACUUCCGGGAAAGCCUACUUUUAGAGUACGUGACCCUAUUGCUCACACUCCGACUACGGGACCUUCCCAGCCAACGAGGGUCAUGGAGUCCACCAGCAGCAUUGCUAUCCAGCCGAGCAUGACCAGGCCUACCUACGUACAACCUACCGCCACACCAGCCACAGCCUCCACGCCCACAUCCACCAGGAAACCUACCAGGAAACCAGGAAGGAAGCAGAAGACGACCACACCAGCAUUCAGAACGCCAAAGACCCCCACAACGAAGUCUCCUAUGACCACCACAUCACGCACUGUUCCAGAUCCAUUCAACGAAAAGCCCGUGUUAAGGAACCCCAUCGACCAGGUCAAUGCAUUGGUGGGCACUUAUUUCGAAGUCAAGAUCCCAUCUGAUACAUUCUUUGACAAAGAGGAUGGAACGACAGAUAAGCUGCGAUUAACCCUUCGACAAAACCACAAUGAAAUAGUUCCAGAGGACUCCUGGAUCCAGUUCAACACCACCAGCCAACUCCUCUAUGGACUGCCUGAUGUCCAGCAUGUGGGAAAACAUGAAUACUUCAUGCAGGCAGCUGACAAAGGUGACCUCAAUGCAAUUGAUGCUUUUGAGGUACGCGUAAACCGCUGGCCAACCAAUGACAAAACCCCCGUUAUAUUUACGGCACGAUUUGAGGGUGAGCCACGGUCUGUAACGACAAACAUCCACAAGAAGAUCCUCCUGGUUAAAAAGCUGGCAUAUGUCCUCGGGGACCGCAACAGCAGCACGGUGAGUCUAAGGAAUAUCACCAAAGGGUCCAUUGUGGUGGAGUGGACGAACACCAGCCUGCCUCAGCACCCAUGUCCAAAGGAGCAGAUCGUAGUCAUGAGCAGGACGCUCGCCAAUUCUGACGGAAGACCCUCACAGAGCUUCAAGCACAUAAUGGAACCCGAAUUCAAACCACUGGACGUCAAGGUGAAGGGGAGGGCAAGCUGCCGAAUGUAUUCCUUCAUCCCACCAGGAGACAUCGAUAUCCCAGAACCUCCAGCUGUCACUCCAGGUGUGGGAUCAAGCCAGGAUAGCGCAGAUGACGUCUACCUCCACACGGUCAUUCCUGCUGUGGUGGUGGCAGCAAUAUUGCUAAUAGCAGGAAUUAUUGCAAUGAUCUGCUAUAGAAAGAAACGAAAGGGCAAGCUUACCAUCGAGGACCAGGCCACCUUCAUUAAGAAAGGUGUGCCGAUUAUCUUUGCAGACGAACUUGAUGAUUCCAAGCCACCUCCGUCCUCCAGUAUGCCCUUGAUUCUCCAGGAAGAGAAGCCCCCACUUCCACCCCCUGAAUACCCCAACAUGGCCACGCCAGAAACCACUCCCCUAAAUCAGGAGCUGCUGGGGGAGUACACGGCUCUGCAAGAUGACGACCCCAACGCGCCUCCCUACCAACCGCCUCCUCCCUUCACCACUCCUAUGGAGGGCAAGGGCUCCCGUCCGAAGAACAUAACUCCCUACAGAUCUCCACCUCCUUAUGUGCCGCCCUAAGACUUGAUUAACCCUCCCCUGAUAGGGCGGAGGGUGAGGAUGCCUGAGGAACUCUGACAGUUUCCUUUCUGGUGUUCGUCUGUCUGGACAUUUGCAGGGAGUGAUGACAAGAGGUGCUAAAGUACAAAAAGGCUUCAAGCAACUUUGGUUUGGGAUGGGUCGGGGCGCAAUGAUUUGGGUGGGCUUUACAGUGCACAGGGAGGGACUACUGUUUUCGUGGUAGCCCACCUACUACAGUGGCCUAAGACGAGCAAAUUCUCAUCACGCUGGCUUUGGGUUCGACCAGCUGGUCUGAAGCAACAACUGGGAGACGUGCGCUCCCGUCCCAGCAUUUUCUUUUCUCCCGAGUUUGGAUACUGGAUUACUUUUCACCUUUUAGCCCAAGAUUCUGAUUCUUUUUUCUUUUUCCUCUGGACUGAAGUGUUUGCCUAACUCUUCUUCUGCCUGGCUUUUAAAUAAUGCGAGAAGACGUCGUCCUGUCAUCAGACCGCUGCAGGCGACAGCUCGCGUUUUUAAUAAAGGGAGACAGAUCCUUCGAAUAUGAGAAAAGCUAUCGCGAGGAUCUCAAUUCAGCCCUGCAGACGACACAAGACAAUAGGAGGCCGAAGUGUGUGCGCGAGUGUGUGUUUGAAUGAGCGGGCGUGUUUAUUCAGAUUCAAUACGGUUUGCCUUUUAACACUAGUUGUCUGUUUUUAUCCUUAUUCACAAUGUCUAGUAAAGAUGAGAAUAACAAGGUAGCCUAAAAAGAUUUAGAGAAGAAUAAUAAUUUUUGUUUCAUUGGUUUUGAGUUUCACUGUAUAUCUGGAAGACGUUAUGAUAGAUUGUUAUAUUUUUUUGGAGGUCGAAGAAAUGUGGAAGAAAGGGACUGCCUCACUAAAAUAACCUGCAGGAGCUUUCUAUUCCUGUUUUUAUAUAUAUAUAUACAUAUAUGAAACACCAAUAUCACAAUUCAAACAUGAACCUUCUUCCUUUCAGUACAGCUGACUGACUCAAUCAGAUGGAAGCAACAAGGAAAUUUAGUUAUGAGAGGUUGACGAGAUUUGGAGAUCAAUUAUUAAAUGUAGCAACACAACUCUUGCCCUUUUGUACACACCUCCACAUUGUAUACUAACAGGAAGAACAUCCCUGCAAUUUAUUUUGGACCAGGGAGAAUUAUUUUUUUAUGUAACGAGGCAGUUCUUCUCUCCACUCGAACGAGGAACGCCACGUGGCAACCCCGCGCGGGACUGUACAGAUAAUCCCAUUUUAGAGGUCACGGAGGAGACGACGGAGGCCGAGACGACGGAGGCCGAGACGCGGACGCGAUUAGUCACCGAAACAAUAAGAUCACAUUUUAAUUUUCUUUUUACAAGAGUUUUUGAUACAGCCUCAAAUCGAUUAAUGAUUAAAACGAGAAAAUGAUUCAAGAUUAGUCUUCUGUGAUUUGUAAAAUCUUAGCUUAGAAGUUCAAUUAUUGGUUCAGUUAUGUACUUUGAUUUUUUUGUCAUGGGUCACAUGUUUUAACGUUUUAUUUUACUCUGUGUGUGUUUGCAUUUAAAGUGUAUUUCUCACUAUUCAAAGAUGGAAUGACCCAUAUUUUAUGUAUUCACAACUUUUAUUUCUUUAUGUCCUUCUGUUUGAUGAUGAGUUCAACUGAAAGUGACCCUUUGCAAUAAUAAUGUACGCUGCGGUCGACCCAGCGACGGGUCGACGCAGGCUCGAGUGACUCGUACGGUCGUGAUGUUGUCGGGUGUGCAGAUGCCAAGGCUUUUAUUUUUUGCUUUUGGAGUGUGCAUUGUAAUAAUAAAACCAAGUGGUACCUUAAACGAAAGCAAAAUCACCCCUUUCUUCAUUCUGAUUUAACUCGUUUCUGCCGGGAAAAUAUUUUCUCCCGAUCCCACCCUGACUGAUGUUUAUGGAUGAGAUUUUUGGUCACUGUCACUUUUCUACUGCUCCACUUAGCCUUGAAUUGAUAAAUCAAUCCGUCUGAAGUCCACAAGAGGUUUUACCUCCCUAGACAGCUCGCUGCCUGGCAACCAUCUACGGUCUUUGGACUCACUGGAACGGUUGUACCGCUGUCCUUUUUGUACUAAAUUAUUCUGCCAUUGAAUGACUAGUUGGACAAUUCCGUUUGAAAGCUCUUCCCAUUAAAAAGGCUACGCUGUGAAAACA